GCUUCCUCUGCUCAGUGUUGUUUUCCGGCAUUUUUGAACCAUUGUGUUGGGCAGAGUGGUUGAAAUUUGAGGAAGGGGCGGGGUGGUUCCAUUUUUGUGCAGCUAAAUGUGUGAAAAAUGACACAAUGAUGUAAUGAAUGAAUGAACAAGCACGUAGAGAAGAUCAAAUACCAGCAUGGAUCCAUCGGAGAGACUCGCAGGUGUUGAUGAAGACCGAGAAACACCUGCAGGUGCAGGAUCCUGUCAGAUCUGUCGCAGGAGAGCCCGAGUGGCUGUUGCCAUGGUAAUGGUUAUCAGCUCUCUCCUUUUGGCCUUGGUGUUGUUCGCAAUGUGGACAGCAGCGCAGGGGCAUUGUCAAACUUCCUGCACCUCAGACACAAAAGUGAUGGAGUGUCUGCAGCAAUGUCAGAAAGAACGCCGUGAUCUGGAGCUGAUGCUCCACACCGUCACUCAGGACUCCAGGUGCAGCUUGUGUCCAGGCGGCUGGCUUUGGUGGAGGGGUCACUGCUACUUCUUCUCAGUGGGACUUCAGGAAAAUCGUGAGUGGAACAAGAGCGCCGAGUUUUGUCGGGAUCACAACAGCAGUCUGGCUGUGAUCAAAGACUCUGCAGAGAUGGACUUCAUCCAAGGUGUGAUGAAGACGUUUCAACACCUGCCCUACCUGUGGGUGGGACUGACCGACUCCAGGCGGGAGGGUCAGUGGCUGUGGUGGGACGGGACACACAUCCAGCACUACAUGCCGGUGACAGUAGAGUGGGACUCUGACCAGAGAGACUGUGCCGACCUGCGUGGAGGUGGGAGUCUCUUUGCUGUCGACUGUGAAUCGUUCGGACCGUGGGUUUGUAAGAGAGGGUUCUGA